UUGCUUCAAGAAGAAGCACAAUGCAAGAUGUUCGAAAACACCCCCUCCAUCAGCGGAUGCAUUUCGCAAUGCACGUGUUCCGCGUUCGGAAGGAACAAUGAACCAUUAAAUGUCUCAGCUGCCAAAUCGUUAUUUGGAAUCAGUGGGCGAAAAAUCGCCUGCAGUUUUCUAAUCGGUUUCUGCAAUUGAGUGUCAACUCGGUCGUCUAAAUGCAAUGAAAACUCUAGUCAAGCUCUUCAUUUGUCGCGUCAUUCUAAGAAUCAACAAGCGGUAACACAGAAAUACAAGUAAAUUAUAAACAAUAAAAAAUGCCUGGCUGUAAGUAAUUUUACUUAACGAAAGGAUUGAAAGUGUUGAAAUAAAUAAUAACAUUUCAGAAGUCAAUAAAAACAUUUGAACUUUUACAUGAGAAAGAACAAAAUUCAGAAAUUCGACAUUCCGGGUGUAAUGAUUGAUUUAUCUGAUGCCUAUUCCUGCUAAUGUUUAAAAAGAACGGAGCAGAAUACCAGAAUACAAUAUCAAGAAGGAAUAUUGAGUCAAUCUCAGAACAUUCUCAAAAUAAAAUAGUGUCAAUAAAUCAUGCUAACUUAUUAAACACUGAAAAAUAAAUGGGAUAUUUUUCAGCCGUCUUUCAUAGUUUAAUUAAAUGUAAAAUGUUUAUUCGAUGACGAAAUAGAAACCUUUCUUCAUGCAAUAGAUAUGUCCUAUGACAAAAAAUUGUAAUUAAAUAUGAAUGCAUUUCUUCAAGAAUUCAAUUUUUAAACAAUAAUAUUUGUGUAAAAGCUUCCUCAAUAACUAUUGGCAAAAUCAUUAACAACAUGUAACAAGCAAAUCUAGCUCCUUCAUACUAAGAUGCAGUAUAAAGUAGGUAAACCCAAAUUCAACGGGGAAAUCUGCUUAAAACAACCAUCUUGUACCAAACAGAGGCGAUCUUCCUGUACCAUAGUGCACAUUGAAUUGGUAACCUCAUGGCCAGUGACUGUUCUAUGGAUUCUAUUGUCAUGGCUAGUGUCUACUCUGGCCACGACAGCCUACGUUCAUCCAGAAUGGUUUGUGAAAGAACAGCAGCCUAGAAAUGAGGUCCUGCGAUACGACAGGGAAGGACUGGUUUCUACCAUGGGAAUGGUGUCCGUGUGCUAUCGCGGACAAGACAAGAAAGAUGACGAUGAACUAGAAUGUCACAACUUCGACGAGGACUUCCCAUCGAGUGCUUGGCAGACAUCUUAUGUACUGUUCGGAAGCGGAUGUGUCCUUCUAACUUGGUGUUCCAUACUAGCUUUUUGCAAUGUGUGGAUCAUUGGCAAAAGGAACAGACAGUUAGUUGCGAUGCUAAUUGGACGAAUACAGCUUGUUGCCGUGAUUCUGCAAGCUGCUUCACUGCUACUCUAUCCCCUAGUUCUGGGUUCACCCAUCUCCAAAAUCCAUUGCGGCAGUCAGGCAGACGUCUACGAGCCAGCAGGCUGCCGUAUAGGCUGGGCCUACAUUGCUGCCAUCACCUCCACAGUGUUGGCCUGCUACUGUCCUCUGCUGGGACACUUUUCCCACUACAAUGUUUUCAGCCCCGGUCUCUGGACGGAGAUAUGAGAUUCUAUUACUGUGGGAACUAAAAGAGAGAAUAGACUUUCUAAAUUGAUAAUUACGAACAAAAGAAAGGAACUGGAAGCAUCGUUCGAUAAGAACAAGAAGCAAUGAAGAAUUUCAAGAGUGUUUUCUAGUCUGAAAAAAUAUUUAAAAAAAUACUGGUUUGAAGUCCCAAUAUUCAGAAGCAAGUACUUUUGAAAGCAAAAAUGUUUUUUCGUGUAAAUAGGCAUUGCAACUGUAAAAAAAAAAGAAUGGUCCAAUAUGAAUUCAAUGUGAUAAUAUCGUAUUUAACCUGUACAGUUCUUUUUUCUUUUUAUUGUGCAAUAUUCGUGUUGUUUUGUUUUUAAUAAUACUUUAUAAAAUUAUUUAUUUAUAGAAAAAUAGCUGUCUAAUCAAUACUCUUUGUUUAAGUUUAUGGUUCUUUCUUUUUCUUGAAUAUUUUUGUUAAUUUUGGAGUUUGAACACUCACAGCUGAUAGAACAUUCAAUGGAUUCUAGAUAGAAUAAAUUUUAUACAAAGA